AGCUCACGUACGGCGGUGCGGAGAGGCGCGCGCCCGGCUUUAGCCACGCGAUGUGAGGUGUGCACGAGUGCCGAUCGAGCAGCCCCCGUCAGAGGCCAGAGCGGAGGAUGGAGGCUGGAGGGAACGGCGCCGACAGCCGGAGCGACGCGCUCAACAACAAUCGCGGGACGAGCGCCAAGCCGAAGCCCGGGACCUCGGGUCGCGAGCAGAGCAACCUGGACGACGCCGUCGGCAAGCUCCUCCAAGGUUACGACUGGACCCUGCUGCCGGUGACGUCACGGGCCGGAGGCAGACGCAGCGCCCACGUGAAGAGGCCGAUGAACGCGUUCAUGGUGUGGGCCCAGGCCGCGCGGAGGAGGCUGGCCGAUCAGUAUCCCCAGCUGCACAACGCCGAGCUCUCCAAGACCCUCGGCAAGCUCUGGAGAAUUUUGAGCGAUGGAGAGAAGCAGCCAUUUAUAGAAGAGGCAGAAAGACUGAGGAGUGCCCAUAAAAAACAACACCCUCAUUAUAAGUACCAACCGCGACGAAGAAAGCCAAAAGUCGAGGAACACACGGCGAUCGCGACACCGACGAGCACGACGACGUCGACUCCUCCGCCAACGACGGGCCCGUCGCUCGGUCAGCGAGGCCACCCGAUCGCCCUCGAGGCCGUCGUCGGCAAUCCCGACUGCGCUUACGGCCGCCUCUACUCCUCAAAUCCCACCAAGUCGAGCUACGAGCGCGCGGUGUCUGCGGCCUCCGCCUAUGCGUCCGAUUUUUCUCCUCGAGGUCCCUACGAGAUGACCAAAUACACCCUAGAACAGCAUGGAUUCUCGCACGGUAAAUGCCUGGAGUACGCGGAGCUCCAGGCACAGGCGGGACUUUCGCGGGCCGGAGCGUACGAGAGUCAGCGCUGCUAUCCCGAGCCCAAGUCCUAUGGCUGCGGUCAGGGUGGCCAGUGCUACGCCACCGAGGCCUACCACCAGCAACCGUCGACGCACGAGGAACUCGACUACGGCCAAUCCCAGCCCGGCCACUCGCCUUUCUACCCCUACAUACCCUCGGUUGGCCAGACGCCUUACUACGUCGCGCCCCGAUGAGCGGCCGCAACAUUCCUCCUGACCGAGCGACGACCGACUCUCUUUCUCGCGUUUAAUCACUUCGAUGCUGUUAGCUGCUAACUUACUUACCGAGGCCGCCAUCGUUUGCUUCAAGGCCGCAGCGCAGUCCCCAAACCCUUCGAGCUAUCGGACUUUCCUGCAUACUCCAGACUCCAGGACGGAUACGAGGACGACUGCGACGGUGGCGCACACGCGAACCUGAUCCGCGGCACAUUGACUCGUCGACGCUUAAGGCCGAGGAAUAGAGGGUCAAGUGCGACGCUCCGGGUAUUCCCAAAUUGCGAUCGUUCGCUCAAUUCGACCUCCGUUAAAGGAGAAAAGUGAAAGUAGAUGAGAGCCUCGAACCUGGGGACGGGAGU